AUGAUCUCCACUUUAGCUACAUUCCCCCCAUUCCUGCACAAAGACAUCAUUGAGUACCUGAGCACCUCUUUCCUCCCCAUGGCUGUAUGUGAGUACAGCCACUCUGUAUCUAACAUCUAUCUACUUGCAUGUGAAAAAGAACACCUUUUCAAUUCAACACAAAGUUAACAAGUCAUUAAGUGGGAUAAGUCUCAUUCAAUAUCAGCAGUCAUUACCAUAUCAAAGAAACUGCUCGGUUGGUGUCCCACAGUAUGCAAUCCUUCAUGAGGUUAAGGUUCUUCAUUUGUCUUUUGUGCCCUUCUUUAGUGGGUUCCACUAGAAGAGAAGGGGGUGUCCCAGCAUAUGUCAAUCUCUCUGCGUCCUCUAUGCUAAUGAUUGCUAUGCAGUACACCUCCAACCCAGGUAAUCCUUUAACUCACGUUAUCUCCAACCAAUACAGUACAUCACAGUGUCUCUGUCCAGUGUAGCACAGCCUGUCUUUUGAUUAAUGAACUGUACACUAUGUUGUACCUGCCGCCUGCCUGACUUUAGCCUCUACCUCUUUGUUUCCAGUAUACCACUGUCAGUUGUUGGAGUGUCUUAUGAAGCACAAGCAGGAAGUGUGGAAGGUAUAUGUUCGUGAAAUGCACGUGCCAUUUUCACAUAGGUUAGAUGUCCAAACAACUCUCUUGUAGAUAUGGAAAGUGUCAGUGAAUAGCUUUGAGAGGUUCUUACAGUUUAGUUCACUAUGGCGUGUGUUGUGUUGUGUCAGGACCUACUGUAUGUCAUAUCCUACGGACCAUCCCAAGUGAAGCCUCCAGCUGUGCAGAUGCUCUUUCAUUACUGGCCUAACCUAAAGCCCCCAGGAGCCAUCAGUGAAUACAGAGGACUGCAGUACACUGGUGAGGGGCUUAUGGUCUACCUGUCAGGCUGGUCUUGUGUGCAACAAACCUUUAGAUUACAGCAGUCUAAUCCUCCUCCCACCUCUCCAUCUCUCCCCUCUCCUUUUUUCCCUCUAUUCUAUUUUCCCCAGCCUGGAACCCCAUCCACUGCCAACACAUUGAGUGUCACAAUGCCAUCAAUAAACCUGCCGUCAAGGUAAUAUCUGAGUAA